CACGCUACCUGAUUCAGUUUAGCAGCGCGGCAACAGAAAAAAAAUGAACCAUUGCAAAAUGCAAAUCGAAGCAGAUGUAUUCAAAUGUUUACACAUAUUCAGCAUUCUGUUGGACGAGUUACCAUAAAUCCCAGACAUUUUUCGGUAGAAAAUGAAUAUUUAAACUGUUCCAAGUCUGCUCCCUUUGAGUUCAAGAAAAUAAAAACUUGAGAAACGUCGAUGGAACACACCGAAAAGUUUUGUUAAAUGACGCUCGGCGAGACACGUGACUUGUUACGUCACAACAUUGGCGAAAAGCCAAUUUCACCAGCCGGCAAUUGAAUCGAAUAACCUGCUAAUUUUUAGUUUAUGUUUGGAAUGGAAGUACCUUGGAUUUUUGCCGUAAUAUUAAUUGUUUUGAGUGGAUUACAACAGGUAGCAGCUGCACACGACUGUAAUUCGAGUGAAUCCGUUGCUUGCAGAGAAGAAUUCGAAAAUCUUAAGAAAUAUCAGCAACGCUAUCAGUACUCGAGUGACAACAACACUUUGACAGAAAUGUGCAGGAAACAGCUGUUGGCUUUAAAUUGUGUGAAUUCUUUCGCUGAAGAAUGUCUUACAGAAGACGAACAAAACAUUUUCAAAACUCUAAUUAAAGGAUCAGAUAAAUUUUUUGAUUACUUUUGCAUAGAAAACAGUUCUUUACGAAAAGAAUACUUAAGGCAUGCAGAAUGCAUUAAGACUAUCGCAUCUCAGCUGGAUGAAUGCACCGAAGAUUACGUGAAAUCUCAAAAGACGCUGGAUUUGCAAUACAGUGAUCCCAGCACUCUUAAAGAAAGAACAUGCUGCAUUUAUUUUGACAACAUACGUUGUUCCUCAAAUGCGACACUAGGAGCGUGUGGCGAAGAAGCUAGUGAAUUGGUGAAACAGCUAUGGAGGCUUCUUGGCGGUUCCUACUUGAAUGAAUUGUGUGAACCUUACUUGAACUAUGACUCGGAGAGUUGUACACCUACCUCCAAAAGUAUCCGCUUCAAGGCAGGCACGAAUAUAUUCAGUGUGCUCUUUCCCUUUCUGUAUAGUGCUGCCUCACGUUAUCUGAGGUUCGAUGGAUGAGACAAACUAAUUGAACGCUUGUGCUUGUUGAUCUUUGUUGAAUAAAUUAUUUUCUAUGGACUGUUUUCUUCAA